AUGGAUAGUUCUUGUAUUUGUGAGCAGUGUUGUGUGUUUUGUGACUGUCAGAACAGAAAAGCGUUGUUUCUCGUGACUGUGACUCCACUGUCAUUCCUGAUCUACGAGAGAGUCGCUCAUUUCUCUUCGGUUCGAGCGCUGGACUCAGCUCAAGAAGUUUUAGAACAAGCAGAUUAUCUGUACAGCUGUGGAGAGACACAGAAACUCCACCAGCUCCUGGUGCGCCACAAAGACAGUGAUGAUGCAGAGUUUCUGUGGCGUUUGGCGCGAGGGUCCCGUGAUCUGGCGUUACUGUCCAGCAUCAGCGCCGACGAGAAGAAACGGCUCACAUACGAGGCCUUUGACUACGCUAAGAAAGCUCUGGAGAAAAAUCAGGCUUGCUUUGCAGCACACAAAUGGUUUGCAAUCUGCCUCAGUGAUGUUGGUGAUUAUGAAGGGAUCAAAGUGAAAAUAGGAAAUUCCUACACCAUCAGAAACCAUUUAGAGCAAGCGAUUGAACUCAAUCCAAAAGAUGCAACGUCCAUCCAUAUUCUUGGUUACUGGUGUUUUGCGUUCGCUGAAUUAGCGUGGUACCAGCGGAAAGUUGCAGCGGUUAUUUUUGCAUCUCCUCCAACAGCCACUUAUGAAGAGGCUUUGGCAUUUUUCCUGAAAGCUGAAGAAGUUGACCCAAAUUUCUACAGCAAGAACCUGCUGAUGCUGGGAAAGUCAUACAUGAUGCUGAGCGACGUCAAGCGGGCGGCGCUGUGGCUCGCUAAAGCACGAGAUUAUCCUGCAGUCACAGAAGAAGACAAACAGGUUCAUAAGGAAGCGCUGGAGCUGCUGAAGAAACUCGGAUGAUGAGUAGCAGCUAAAUCAGACCCGAUGCGAUCUAACAGUUACCCAGAGAUGCCUUCAUUGAUUUUUGUAAUGACUUACCAUUGAUUUGUGUAUGAUGGCGAUUUAUCAUUCGCUAUUUUAGACUCUUAAGUGUCUGCCAUUAUCUGAAGCUGAAUGAAAGGACGAUGUCUAAAUGUAAUGCAGACUGUAUUUGACUAGUACUGGUGUAUUUCUAGCACUCUUGAAUGUUUAGAUACGAUGCUCACCGCAAACAGACCCUGGACUGACUGCAGAGCAAAGAUCACUCAGUGAAGCUUUAACAUGUGACUAAUCUGUUUAUCGUAUAGUAAUGAGGAUUUUUAUCAAACUCUUUUAACACACGUGUGCACCUGGAUACUUCUCUGAAUACUUCAGUUUACCUCAGUUUUCUCACAGAAUCGUCCAUCCACCUUUGAAGACACGGAAACUUAUGAAACAUGGUUUUUGUUCUUUAUUUACAUGAAUCUGAUUUCAAAUGUUUUGGAAGCAAUUAAACUAACAAAAAUUUAUUUAACAAAUUGACUAUUUUGUUCUCUCUGCAAAUGAAAUUCAAACAAACUUGAAUAUAUAUUUAUGCUGGGCUCAGAGUUCUGUGUUGAGAUGCAAUUAAAGAAUCUAAAAAACCCCCACAGGAAUCUCCAUCAGUGCUUGAAGAACACGAAGAGACAGCAGAGUUUGUUUGAACUCAUAUAUUUUAAUAUGAAAGAUAUUCAUGGACAGUUUUCCUCCCCUGACGGUCAAAGGCCACAGAAAUAGUGAAGUGCUUCGAGCACAACUGAUGUUCUGAGCGAGUGCAGAGAGAGACCAAUACUGUCGAGAGCCAGUCGUGAUGAAUGAUAUGUGAGACAGCGGUCUACAGGAGUCCAAUCAUCUCUCAGUCUGCAGGCAGCCAUGCAAGCGCUUCAUCACAACUCAGUGUCC